CAAUCUACACUCCUUCAUCUCUCAUUCAUAUAAAAAUCAAAGUAAAAACUAAAGAGAAGAUGUGAAUUAAUAACAUACCUCUUCUAAACUACCCUCCUCAACUUCACCAAGCAAUCUUGCACCAACGUGUUUCGCAGCCGCAGCAUUCAUUUUCGCCCACUUUCCCACCUCCCCUCAUCCCAUACCCGCAAGUCUCAAUACAACAAGAAACAACAAUGACGCCACCGUGUCACGUCUUCCCGGUAUCACAACUCGAAUCCGAAAUCCAGGUUAACAACGGGCGAGCGCGCAAGGGUGGUCGCAUCGACUUAUCCGCCUGCGAGUUAUUCUCGAUGGUCCAAUAUGAAUGCCAGAUUGAUCGUCCGGAUGUCGCCGAUAGUCCCGUAAGGUGUUGGCCCGUGCAGCGGUGGUUUCGCCGGUGUAAAGAUAAAAAGGGAAGUUUUAUGGUCGAGACUACGUUGUGGGAGAAAAGUAAUGAAGCGAAGAAGGAUGGCGGGGGUGAUACGUAACUGUAAUAAGUGACAGCAAGUAAAAAACGUAUAUUCUCAUAAAUGAAGGUUUAUUAAUGCAGACACAAUGGGAUAUGUAUAAAUCAAUUCUACUUUAUAGUAAUUAUGAAUGUCUUAUAACUCGGUCUCAACCUUUCCGCAUAU